UCCAACACUUGUGGGACAGGACACUCUGUGUUACUGUUUAUUAAUUGUUGUUAAGGUACAGUUCUAGUAAUGGCCUCGACACAGGAAGGCAGUAGAACAGGUAUGGCGUGGCUGGUGGUGGCAGUAGUGCUAUCAGUAAUGGUCAACCUUGUGCACAGUGAUGCAGGACACUUCUUUGCUGAAACACCUAAACACUUGCCCAGGAUUGGUCGCCGUGGAGACCUGCCUCCUCUGAGCACCCUACUGACAGAGGACGUACGGAGCUCAGGAAAACCUGCACGAGGCAUGACCGACGCUUUAGCUCAGUUAGACAGUGAUGGAGAUGGCUGUAUUGGAAUAGCAGAGCUACUACGCAUCCCAAUAGUGAGGGUUGCUAUCUUGCUUCAGAACCCUGCACUGAUCACUCCUGAUGCUACCACUGACACUGAAGAAAAUGACACAGGAGAGGCAUAUACAACGGAUCACCGGCCAGAGCCCCGCCUCCUACGUUACCUGCACAAGUGAGAUUAGUGAACAGUGACAGACAGAUGUGGCCAACAGUGAUCAAUGUGGUGAGUGGGAAGAAAAUUAGAACGAAAGAAGUGAAAGUCAAAGUGGGGAAAAGUUCUAUGAAUUUCUAAUUCCUCAAUGACGGUAUUAAAAAUAUCUGGAAUAAAUAUAUCAUGCAUACAACAUACAGGCCAUGAAGACCUCAGUGCCCCAAGUCUACUGUAAAAAUAAUACAUUAUAUUUUUUUUAUCAAUGAGAAGUCCAAGAUUUUAAUCAUCAGUACAGUAAUUCAUAACAGAAAUAAAACUAUUGUGAGCUGCUGUCAGUAAUGGUAAUUAAGCAUUAUUUUUUCUUCAAAAUAUCAUGAAAGUUCAAAGUAUACUAAUGAAUAUGAAUUAUUUUGCAACGUUAUGAAAUCUAUAUAUAUUUUGAUGACUUCUUAUGCAACAUUUUGAUAGCAUUUUAAGAUAAGUUCUUAAAAAGUUUAUUUUGUAAAAUCGCCAAUAAUAUUGGUGUUAUAUUUAUUUAUUUAUAUUCUUAACAUCUACUUUAUUUAUUACCUUCAGACUACAGUAUUUAAUUUUUCAAUAUAACUAAUAUUUAAUAAUUUAUGAGUCUGUAUAUUUUAAGAUGUGUAUUUACAAGUGGUCAUGCUGUUGGCAGCUUACACUCUCCUUCUCACAAGCAUGUCACUGUCAUAUCCACUUUAGGGACCAUGAAUUGUUUAAAUAGUCAGUCAGAGAUAAGUGGGAUUCACAUUGUAAAUUGUUUUGUCUUAUUCUCUCUAAAACUGUAUAAUGAGCAUUUAUUUAUUACACAUUAUUUUAUUUAGGUAGAUUCUUGAAUCCCCAAAAUAAAAAUAGUGCUCAUGAAGAACACCAGCCUUAGUGGCUGACUAUCAGCCUUAUGCAUCAAAUCAAGACAAUGAUUAAACUUACUUUCAUUAUUUUUCUUUUUGGUGAAAUUCUGACCAAUCAUGAAGUUAAAAAUUUAUAUGAUAGGUUAUUUGAUAGUUAUUACUGACUACUUUUUUCAAUCCUAAUAUGCUUUGUUUCUCAGGCACUAAUACAGUGGUCCCUCGAUUAACGAACGGUCCAAUUAACAAAAUUUCGGUUAACGAAUUAGCUCCCAUAAGGAUUUUCAGUUCCAUUAAUGAACAAAACUUUGAUUAACGAAAGCCU